GCUGCUGCUGGACGCCUAAUUGUGCUGCUUUGUUUUGAUUCUGUUGCGUCAAUUGGCCUUGUAUCGGUUGUUAAUUGUCUACUGUAUGCCGUUAUUGCCAUUCUGCAAGCGGCAUGCUGGACAGCGAAAUGAAAGCCAACGAGGCUUGACGCCACCACGUAACAUCCUCGCGGGGUCAAGCUUUGCUAGUUCACAGAUGCGAUAAGCUCAUUUAUCUCGCUCUGUCCGAUUGGCGGAUUCAGACGAGCGACAACGUUUGGCGUGAGCUGUGCUCGUGUAUGAUGUCGCAUAUAAACAGGGGGGAAGGCCGCGCUUCUGAAUUAAAACACUUCUUGUAGGCGUACUACUUGUCUGGUUAAUCAAAAUGGUCGUCGUCCGUAUCGCGAUCCUGUCCGCGCUGGCAGCCCUGUCCAAUGCUGCCCCGUCGUCAGUGAAACAUGUCGUCCAUGAAGCGCGCCAUAAGCCCUCUGCGGACUGGGUCAAGGGCUCCCGCAUUGAGUCUUCUGCCAUUCUGCCCGUUCGCAUUGGGCUCAGCCAGACGAACCUGGAGAUCGGACAUGAAUUUCUAAUGGAUGUCUCUGACCCGAAAUCGUCCAACUAUGGCAAGUACUGGUCUGCCGACGAGGUCCACAACAAGUUUGCUCCUCCCGAGAAACAUGUCGAUGCUGUGAAAGAAUGGCUCAUUGCAGCUGGCAUUGCCGGCCAUCGCGUGGUUCACUCCGACAACAAGGGCUGGCUCGCCUUCGAUGCUACCGUCGAGGAGGUCGAGCAGCUGCUGCAAGCCGAGUACCACGAGCACGACCAUGUUAGCAGCGAUAAAAUACGUGUUGGCUGUGACAAGUAUCAUGUACCGGAGCAUCUCGCCCCGCAUAUCGACUAUAUCACUCCCGGUGUCAAACUAACCCAGGUCGUCAAGCGGGAUAUCAGCAAGAAGAAGCGAUCCACCCAGGCCCAGGCUGUCAAGGCUUCCACAUUUAUCACUGGCAAUACCGAAUUACCCAAGGAUUGGGCGGCGCCUGCCGGUCUGGCUCCUGACGUGCAGACUUGCGGCUUCAACAUGACCCCAACCUGCAUCAAGGCUCUGUAUGAUAUCCCAGAAGCUCCAAAGCAACCCCACAAGGGGAAUGCUCUUGGUUUGUACGAGCAGGGUGAUUAUUUCGCCAAGUCUGAUUUGGACUUGUACUGGAAGAAUAUCUACCCUGCUGUGCCGCAGGGUACUUAUCCUACCCCCGCGUUGAUUGACGGAGCGAAUUACUCGGUCCCGGCGUAUAGCUCGCUCAACACCGGCGAAUCGGAUAUUGAUAUUGAGAUGGCGUUCUCCUUGAUCUACCCCCAGUCAGUCACACUGUAUCAAGUCGAUGAUCAGAUCUACGAGCCCAAGGAGGUAGCCACUACCAACCUCUUCAACACAUUCCUUGACGCCCUCGAUGGCUCCUACUGCACGUACGAAGCCUAUGGCGAAAAGGGCGACGAUCCAAGCAUCGACCCUAACUACCCAGACCCCGCUGCCGGCGGAUACAAAGGCAAGCUCCAAUGCGGCGUUUACAAGCCAACCAACGUCAUCAGCGCCUCGUACGGCCAGGCUGAAGCCGACCUGCCCCGGAAGUACACUGAGCGCCAAUGCAAUGAGUUCUUGAAGCUCGGACUGCAGGGCCAUUCUAUUCUCUUCGCGUCCGGUGACUACGGAGUCGCCUCAUUCCCCAAUGACGGCGGAGCAGAUGGCUGCCUCGGCCCUGAUGGCAAGAUUUUCAACCCGCAGUACCCUUCCAACUGCCCCUACGUGACCUCCGUCGGUGGCACGAUGCUUUACAACGGCCAGUCCGUCCAAGACACCGAAAGUGUCAUGCAUGUCGACCUCGGCGGCACUGCUGUCAAUUUCUCCACUGCCGGCGGCUUCUCCAACUACUUCGUGCGUCCCUGGUACCAGGAAGAAGCUGUUGAAAGAUACUUCCAGAAAGCCGAUCUCUCCUACCCAUACUACUCAGAACUUUCCGUGGAUGUCAACACAACCAAGGGUCUCUACAACCGGAUUGGACGCGCCUACCCAGACGUGUCGGCUAAUGGCGCUUAUUUCCCAUCCUUCCUGAAUGCGAAGUUUGUGCACUUCUUUGGAUCGAGUUUGGCAUCGCCUCUCUUCGCGUCUGUUUUGACUCUGCUCAACGAAGAACGUCUAUCUGUCGGUAAAGGACCCAUCGGCUUUAUCAACCCCGUUCUCUACGCCAACCCCCACGUUCUCAACGAUAUCACCAACGGAACAAACGUUGGCUGUGGUACCGAAGGAUUCUCUGCCAUCGAGGGAUGGGAUCCCGCGACCGGUCUGGGCACACCGAACUAUCCGAAAUUGAAAGAGCUGUUCUUGGCUCUUCCUUAGAUAUUCUUCGGAUGCCGCGGUUGAACAGGAUUCUGUAGAUUUCCA